AUAACCCGUCACAAUGAAUUGAGAAAGGAGGCUCUAGCUUAUACCUUGCUGUGCUCCUCUGAUCUAUUCUCAUCAAAAAGAGAGUAAUCAAACGCAACGUAUCCCCACACCCCCAUACCCCACCCCACCCAACUUCAUUCAUUCAUAAACAAAAAUUGAACUUGAAGAUAAAAAAUCUGAAGCUCUAAAUUGGCUUGAUCUGAUUCUAUGACGAUUUAUUUGAAAGAGAGAUUUGGCUAUUUUUUCAAUAACAGAUGGCUCGUGUUCGUUGCCGCAAUGUGGAUUCAAACUUGUGCGGGCAUUGGAUACUUAUUCGGCAGUAUUUCUCCAGUAAUUAAAAUCUCUCUGAAUUACAAUCAGAAACAGAUUGCUCGAUUGGGUGUGGCUAAAGAUUUGGGUGAUAGUGUUGGAUUUUUAGCUGGUACUUUGUGUGAAAUUUUGCCUUUAUGGGCUGCACUUCUUGUUGGUGCUAUUCAGAAUUUUAUUGGAUAUGGUUGGGUUUGGCUUAUUGUUACUCGAAGAACUGCACCUUUGCCAUUAUGGGCUAUGUGCAUUCUUAUAUUUGUAGGAACAAAUGGUGAAACCUACUUCAACACAGCAGCUUUAGUCUCUUGUGUGCAAAAUUUCCCGAAAAGUCGUGGUCCUGUGGUUGGGAUUCUUAAGGGAUUUGCUGGGUUAGGUGGUGCUAUUUUAACUCAGAUAUAUGCAGUAAUCCAUUCCCCGGAUCACGCUUCACUUAUAUUUAUGAUUGCCGUUGCACCAGCAAUGGUGAUUAUAGCUCUCAUGUUUAUAAUCAGGCCUGUUGGAGGCCAUAGACAAGUUAGGCCUUCUGAUGGUUUAAGUUUUUCAUUUGUUUACAGUAUAUGCCUCCUUUUAGCUUCUUACUUAAUGGGAGUUAUGAUUGUUGAAGACGUUGUUGAUGUUAGCCAAAAUGUUAUUGUAAUCUUCACAGCUAUUCUAUUUGUUAUCUUGAUAAUCCCUAUUGUGAUCCCUAUCUAUUUGAGUUUCACUCAAGAGCCAAGAGUAGUACCAGAAGAAGAGGCACUUCUAUCUCAGUCAGGUGAUCAAGGUCCUGGCAGAUCAGAACACGACGAUGGUCAAGAAAUUAUAUUUAGUGAGGUUGAAGAGGAGAAACCGAAGGGAGUAGACUUGCUUCCUGCUUUAGAAAGGCAGAAAAGAAUUGCGCAGUUACAAGUGAGACUAGCACAAGCAGCUGCAGAAGGAGCUGUGAGGAUCAAAAGAAGACGAGGUCCUCGUAGGGGAGAGGACUUUACUUUAGUCCAGGCUAUAAUAAAAGCAGAUUUCUGGCUUAUGUUUUUCUCACUGCUUUUCGGUUCUGGAUCUGGUUUGACUGUCAUUGAUAACUUGGGACAGAUGAGCCAAUCUUUAGGAUACGAUAACACACAUGUAUUUGUUUCCAUGAUCAGCAUAUGGAACUUCCUUGGCCGUAUUGGAGGUGGAUACUUUUCUGAGAUAAUCGUCAGGGAUAAUGCAUAUCCAAGGCAUGCAGCUAUGGCUGUUGCUCAAGUCGUGAUGGCCUUUGGUCAUUUCUUCUUUGCUAUGGGUUGGCCUGGAGCUAUGUAUAUUGGUACUCUUUUGGUUGGACUUGGUUAUGGAGCUCAUUGGGCGAUUGUGCCAGCUGCUGCUUCUGAAUUGUUUGGGUUAAAGAAUUUUGGGGCUUUGUACAAUUUCCUCACUAUUGCCAACCCAGCUGGUUCAUUAGUAUUCUCAGGUCUUAUUGCUAGUAGUAUAUAUGACAGGGAAGCUGAAAAGCAAGCUCAACAGCCCCAUGAAGGACGUUUGAAUUUGGCGUCGGUUUUGACAAGUUUUUUAAACAUGGAUGAACCUCUAAAGUGUGAAGGUACCAUUUGCUUCUUUUUGACUUCCUUGAUAAUGUCAGGACUCUGCAUUGUUGCAGCUGUUCUAAGCAUGAUUCUGGUGUACCGCACAAAGACAGUGUACGCUAAUCUGUAUGGAAGAUCUCGUACGUAAUGUAUCCUCGAAGGAUAGAAAUAUAAGCAUCCUGAAAAAAGACAUCGUCUGCCAAUUCAUAUUUCCAAAUAUCAUUAUAAUGUGACACUAGAAACCAUCACCAGAAUACUUCCAGGUGAGAGCAAACGACGAAGAAGACAAUAGCCUGGUUUUGCUGUUGCAAAAGUAUUCCUUGGUUGAGUGAAAUAAUAUUUGUAUUGCAAGUCAUUUCUGUAUAUUUGUAAUUUCUCAAUCUUCAAGUUUGUUAAAUUUUUUAUUGUCAA